AUGAUAGAUGCCGUUAAGGAUUAUUUAGCCCCGAAAACAUUUCGUAUUUUCACCUAUGUAUGUGUAAUUGUUCAUUCUCUUUGUGGAUUGGCAUUAAGUGCUUUUACCACAUUUUUGAGGAUAAGCGAGAACGCGGGAAAAUUUUUUUGUUUAGUUGAUGGUAAAAGUACGGCCACGUACAAGAAACAGGUCGAUCAGGUAUGUUUUGCAAGAUAUGAUCAAGCUUAUAAUUCCCCUCUGCCUUUGUGCGGCUUUGUUCCACUGAGUAUUGGAGUAGCAGUUCUUGUCAGUGUUAUUUACUCACUGAUAGUGAGCACCCGCGUCGACGAAAUAGAGUCAAGACACGAACAACAAACUGAUGGUGAAACCGAGAAUUGUGGACAGAACAGAAAAACGGAAUAUGUUUUUUAUUCAUAUUUUGUCCACCUUGUUCUUCGUGGGUUAUUUCUGAUCACCUUAACUGUUUUGCAUCACACAUAUCUCUAUCCAAAUGGGUUUGAUUUCAAAUUCAGCUGUAAUUUACCACCAGCGGAUCGAGUAUCAUCCAACAUAAACACACCAAAGAAUGCGAGUCGUAAUUUGAAUGGUACAUUAGUGACAUGUGAGAAUGCGACAGCGUCAGAAAAAUGGAUAUAAGGUAUAUUUGUGUCUGUAAUAAACAGUAUUGUUGCUGUAGUUAUACUUGGGGAAGUGAUUUAUCUUUUGCCACGUUUCAACAGUCAUUCUGGAGUUAGCUUGGGCGGUGAUUCGAAAUUUGUUAUUGAAUAUCUUCUUGGCAAGCAAUACAAUGUAGCUGGUGAAAGUGAACCUUUAACAAGAAUCGAAGACAACCCUCCACAUUCCCAGGAUUCUGGGACUGAGGACUGUAUCGACGUUUACAAGGAACAAGUUUUGAAUCGUUUCCGUGAUCCUAGCAUAAUUUAUGGACCAAAUGCUAAUAUAGAUGAAUUGUAUAUUGACGUUGUUAUCCAUACUGGACGAGCUCAGCAUAAUUUUUCUGAAGAAAUGGAAAGACACGAAAUCUACGACGUUUAUAUGAAAGUUCCUCUAUACUCAAUAUGUUUAGAAAAGAUUGAUGAAUUAUUUUAUCCAAACAGAGAUACAAAGGGAAAAUUUCCUCGUAGCAUUCUGGUGAUUGGAAGACCUGGGAUUGGAAAAACUGUCUUGACCGAAAAAAUUAUCCGUGAUUGGGCUAAUGGAAUUGAUGAAUAUUAUUCUGAGAAGAUUGUCUUCUUUUUUAAAUUCAGAUGGUUCAAUGAGAAUAAUAACAAAUUGAAAAAUAUAUCCCUUAAAACAUUUCUUCAGUUUGGGACGGGACUGAGUGAAGAAAAAUUCGAAAGUAUUUAUGAAGAAAUUGCAAAAGAGCCACAAAAAGCCAUUUUUAUUUUUGAUGGUUUAGAUGAAUAUCACGGCGAACCCAUAAGUUGCUUAGACCAAUCUCGCAUCAUUCCAAACGAUCCUAAUACUGGCACAUCAGCAAUACAUUUAUUCAUUAAACUAGUUUUGGGCGAUUUGUUAAAAGGAGCAACGGUUGUUGUAACGAGCAGACCGACUGCAGAUGGUUUUUACUCGAGACUUGAUUUUGAUCGAAAUGUGGAGAUUAUUGGUUUCACCUCCGAUAAAAUUGAAGAAUAUGUCAGCCGAUUUUGUGAUAAUAAUAACACAAACUACCUUACAACGAAGAUAUGGAACCACGUAAAAUCCUCAUCAGAACUGUUAAACUUAUGUUACAUUCCAGUCAACUGCUUUAUAGUGUGUGUUACCCUCUCUGGUUGUCUUAGUGACCCAAGAAAUGAAACCGACGCCCUUCCAACAACACUCACAGAACUUUACCAGACAGCCAGUGAUCAUUUUGAGAAACAUCAUCGCAGAAAUGCAGACAGAAACUCUAUGGCACAUGAAGCGUUAAAGAAACUUCAACGAUUAGCAUUCCUUGGUAUGAAAAGCGGGCAACUGGUUUUUAAUCAAACAUUAUUUGAUGAAGAAAUAAAAAAAUCAGGUUUACUGAACAGCUUAUCCAAUCCUAUUUUCCCACUACAAACACAGUUUUGUUUUAUCCAUUUAACCAUACAAGAAUUUCUUGCUGCAGGACAUGUGACUGAAACAUUUACUCCAGCCGAAAUAAAGAAGUUUAUUUCCGAUCAUGUUGAAAGUGGUCAAUGGCAUUUAGUUCUUCAGUUCAUUGCAGGACUUUUGGGCAAGAAAAUUAAGAAUUUUGAUAGGGAAUACAAGGAUUGUGUUUUCGCGUUUGCUGAAAGCCUCGAAGUUACUAAUGAUAGAAUUGAAAAAUUGAAAUACCAUGAAGUGUUUAUAAUGAAGUGUUUAAAGGAAGUGGACAAUGAGGAGAUUACUAAAGAAGUUUGCGAAGCAACUGCUAUAAACGAUUUAGUAGAACUAGUCGCUAGUACACUAUUUUAUAAUCUUUCUCCAAGUGAGUGGGCGGCAGUGAUUUUUGUUUGCAAACACAUGAAAAACUUGGCAAAUUUGGAAUUGUCGAAUGUUUCCGCAGAUUGUCUUCCGGGAUUGUUACGAAAAAGAUGCCUAAAUAAACUAGUAAUGCAUGUGAAAACACGUGGCCCGUACGCUAAGCCUGAAGCAUACGAAAUAGACCAAAUAUUUAGCACAUUAGUGGAAUUAAACUGCAUAUCGGAUCACAAACACACUAAGCUGACUUCGUUAACACUUGUUGGUUUUCGCAUGACCGAAACAGGUUUACCAAUCAUGUGCAAUUUUUUUGAAAACGGGUAUGCGAGCCAACUUGAGCAGUUAACUCUAAAACGUAAUAGAAUUGAUUCACAUAAAAUUUCGAAACUUUGUGAAGCCCUUAACAAUGGACAUUGUCCAAAUCUUACACAUUUGGAUCUUAGAAAUAAUUCAAUACGUGAUGAGGGUGCAAAGGUGUUGUGUGAUACUCUGACGAAAGGGCUUCGUAAACUUAAUAAAUUGGAUGUAAGUGUAUGUGAGUUAACAGUUUGUUGCAUUCCUAUACUAGUUAAGGCACUGCAAGAUGAACGUUGUCAAAUGACUGAUCUAUCUCUGAAGAACAAUGCCAUAGGUGAUAAAGGUGCACGUAUGUUGUUUGAAAAUGCCCUGACAAAAGGGCAUUGUAAACUUACUAAGCAUGGGCGUACCGGAAGGAAAAAAUUAGGGGGGCGGCAAGAAAAUUGCCCGACUUUUCGAGAUUCUGCCCGACUUUUCGGGAUUCUGCCCGACUAGGACCAAAAAAAUUUUUCCGGAAAAAUUAUUUUGGCGACCUCCCCCCCCCGUCGCCAAAAAAAUUUCGGUCAGUGUACCAUUUUAGGGGUCAAAAAAAUUUUCCGGACAAACAAUUUUUCCGGAGCAUAACAUAAAUUUUCGAAAAAAACAAAAUUUGCCAAAAAUUUGAAUUAAUUUUAGACAAAAUUUACAGAAUUUGACCCAUUUUUUUUUAUUGCAAACCAAAAUUGCCCGACUGUUCAUCGAAUAUUGCCCGACUGCCCAAAAAACUGGGGGGGCUGCCGCCCCCCCCGCCCCCCCGCCCGGUACGCCUAUGUUACUAAGUUGGAUCUUAGUGAGUGUUCGUUAACAGAUCAAUGCAUACCCAGUUUGCGUAAGACACUGCAAGAUGAACGUUGUCAACUGAAUGGUCUAUCACUGAGGGACAAUGCCAUAGGUGAUGAAGGUGCAUGCAUGUUGUUUGAAGAUGCCCUGACAAAUAAGCAUUGUAAACUUACUGAGUUGGAUCUUAGCGAGUGUUCGUUAACGGAUAAAUGCAUAGCCAGUUUGCGUAAGGCAUUGCAAGAUGAACGUUACCAACUGACUGUUCUAUUCCUGGGGAACAAUACAAUAGGUGAUAAAGGUGCAUGUAUGUUGUUUGAAGAUGCCCUGACAAAAGAACAUUUUAAACUUACUGAGUUGGAUCUUAGUAGGUGUUUGUUAACGGAUAAAUGCAUACCCAGUUUGUGUAAAACACUGCAAGACGAACGUUGUCAACUGACUGUUCUAUUACUAGCUGACAAUGUCAUAGGUGAUAAAGGUGCAUGUAUGUUGUUUGAAGAUGCCCUGACAAAUGAGCAUUGUAAACUUACUGGGUUGAAUCUUAGACUGUGUUCGUUAACGGAUAAAUGCAUACCCAGUUUGUGUAAGGCACUGCAAGAUGAACGUUGUCAACUGACUGAGCUAUCACUGGCGAGGAAUGACAUACGUGCUAAAGAUGUAUGUAUGUUGUUUGAAGAUGCCCUGACAAACGAACAUUGUAAGCUUAAUGAGUUGAAUCUUUUUGAGUGUUUGGUAACGGAUCUAUGCAUACCCGCCGGCAGUUUGUGGAAGGUACUGAAAAAUGGUCAGUGUGUGCUUAAAAUAAGAAGAUUAUUGCCUAAAUCGAAUUAUUUUACUGAAAACGGCAAGAACAGUGCUUCGUGA